AUGAAAGCCAUCUUGACAGCCACGGAUGCCACCGUGGCAAAUACCCAGCUCGCCUGCGGUGCCCGUCCGAACAGCAACAACAACCACCCUGUCCGGGAUAUGUCUCUCAUGCAGCACCCGGACUCUCUCGGACUUCACUCCCCCGCCACGAGGAAGACUGUGAUUCUUCGGCGGCGGUGGGAAGAGGCGCAGGAGCGUCGACGGCUACGGGCCCGCCUAAAACACCGCAUGCGAGAGCUGCGCCGGGUACGCAGGGCCCGGGAGCUGCAGCGCCAGAAGGCAGAUCUGGUGGCGGCGAUGCGGCGGCGCAUACAGAUGUCCGUAGACAAAAUCGUGCACGGCCACAGCGACGCCGAGCGGGAGAGGAUCAGGAAGACAUAUCUCGUGAAGCGGGCGGAGGCGAAGAAGGAGGCGAAGGGACACAGAUAUGGCGCUGACUACUCAGUCUCGGAGAGUGGCGGCGGCGAUGAUCAUGCGAUCUGGGGCUUUGGACUGCCUGACCCGAAUGGCGAGAGGGAGGUCAACACGUUGGAUUUGCUGGAUUGA